GGAAGCACGCAGGCGCUCUUGAACGCUGCCUGCUCCUCAUUGUGCAGCCGAAGGAAACAUCGGAAGGUUUCGACUAGACGACGUCGGUAUGAAAUGGCAGAAAGUGCUUGUGUCACGGAAGCUUUGAGAAUCGUUUACCUUCUAAUCACACAUGUAUUUCGCGUGGAUCCCGGUGUGCUAGCGUGAGUUGAAACGUGGAUUUAGUUCCUUCCGACACGUCCAGUCAGGUUCCACAGCGAAAGGAAGGCGCACGGGCGGCUGCUGCUGUGGGUCGGACUCUGUUGGAAUUAACCAGAGGAGAGGGGUGUGGUGAGGAGCGCUCCACUUGGAUGCCCUGUCUCGGCGUAGAUCUCAGGUGCCACCAUGAACCGGAACAAGCGCGAGAAGGAGUACUACAGUAUAGACGUGGGCGAUUCCACUUUCACUGUUUUAAAACGCUACCAGAGCCUCAGACCCAUCGGCUCUGGGGCACAGGGAAUAGUCUGUUCAGCCUAUGACCACAACCUGGAGAGGAACGUAGCCAUCAAAAAGCUGAGCCGGCCCUUUCAGAACCAGACCCAUGCCAAGCGGGCCUACAGAGAGCUGGUGCUGAUGAAAUGUGUCAACCACAAGAACAUAAUCGGUCUAUUAAAUGUUUUCACACCACAGAAGACGCUGGAGGAGUUCCAAGAUGUGUACCUGGUGAUGGAGCUGAUGGACGCUAACCUCUGUCAGGUGAUCCAGAUGGAGCUGGACCAUGAGAGGCUGUCCUACCUGCUGUACCAGAUGCUCUGUGGGAUCAAGCACCUGCACGCAGCCGGCAUCAUUCACAGGGACUUGAAGCCCAGUAACAUCGUGGUCAAAUCCGACUGCACGCUGAAGAUCCUGGACUUUGGUUUGGCCCGGACAGCAGCCACGGGUCUGCUCAUGACCCCUUAUGUGGUGACCCGCUACUACCGUGCCCCGGAGGUCAUCCUGGGCAUGGGUUACCAGGCCAACGUUGAUGUCUGGUCUGUGGGCUGCAUCAUGGCUGAAAUGGUCCGGGGUAGUGUGCUGUUUCCAGGCACUGACCACAUCGACCAGUGGAACAAGGUGAUCGAGCAGCUGGGCACGCCCUCUCAGGAGUUCCUCAUGAAGCUGAACCAGUCGGUGCGCACUUACGUGGAGAACCGACCACGCUAUGCCGGCUACAGCUUUGAAAAGCUCUUCCCCGACGUUCUGUUUCCUGCAGACUCCGAACACAACAAGCUUAAAGCGAGCCAAGCCAGAGACCUCCUAUCCAAAAUGCUGGUAAUAGAUGCUUCUAAAAGGAUCUCAGUGGAUGAAGCUCUACAGCACCCCUACAUCAACGUGUGGUACGACCCCAGUGAAGUAGAAGCUCCUCCUCCAGUGAUCACAGACAAGCAGUUGGAUGAGAGAGAGCACACAGUUGAGGAGUGGAAAGAGUUGAUAUAUAAAGAAGUUUUGGACUGGGAAGAAAGGACAAAGAAUGGUGUCAUCAGGGGACAACCUCCUUCCAUAGCACAAGUGCAGCAGUGAGCGGCAGCCGUCCGCAGCCACCAGCAUCUCCUUGUACAUGAUCCUAUUCUUCCUCCCUGACCUGUGACCCCUCCCUCAUGGGCGGGACCCUAAUAAAGGGUUAGCUGAGUCUCUGCCCCCUGCUGCUGCUGCUGCUGCUGCUGCUACUACUACUACAGCCAGAGGCCCCUGGGCUGCUGCACACGACUAUCAUGGACUUGUCUCCUGGUCCUCCGGCAGGACCUUGCUCCCCAGUUGAAGACUUUUACGCCUUUUAAGCCCCACCCCCUUCUCACCCAACUUCUCCUCUGUGCUUGUCUUCAGUAGAAUAGCGUUAGACAUAUAGCUGUUUAAGAAAUCUUUUUCUAAUGUCAGACUUUUCCAUUUUUGUUUUGAAAUUUAAAUUUUAGUCUUUUUUUUUUUGUCUAAACUUAUUUUCUUUGAACUGUAAUUUAUUAUGACAUUGUUAUUUGGAAACACAUUAUAAUUACUACACACUACUAGGCAUCAAGAUUGGAAAGUUGCUAAUUUAAGACUAUUACUCCCAAUAUAUGAAACCUUAAGAAUACUUUUAAUUCUAUAAUAAGCUGUGUAAUUUAUAUGUAAAACAAUUAAUGCUUUAUAAUGUUUAGUUAUUAUAAGUGUUUCUUUAAUACUUUUGGAACCUAAGAUGAGAUCUUUUAUGAUUUUUACCAUGUUUCAGUUUCUAUUAACUGAAGAGAAUCUAAGGAAAUAAUUGUAAACAAAAUUAUGUGAAUUAUGGGUUGUUUUUUUGUUACUACUUUUACAACUUGCCAUACAACUGUAGAUGAGGUUUGUACAGAUUUUAUGGUAGAGGUAGAUUUAUCAUUGAGUGUGGCCAUUGAAACUGAACUGACAGUAUGAUGGAUCGUGCUCUAUUGGUGAUCGCACACACAGGUUGGUGAUUCAUGCAUACUGUGUCACUUUUGGACAGUUUUUGUUGUUUUUUUUGUUUUAGCAAAAUGAAUGUCAGGAAAAUGAGACAAAUGCUGACCUAUGGCCUCAGAUUGAACUUCGUAUUUUUUUUUUUUACAUAUCACUAAUGUGUUUUAUGGAUUUGAUGGUCUUUCUCUAAACAUGGAGCAUUCUUUUGAAAUUACUGCUACAAUUUAACACAUGAAUUUAACAUCAAUUUCUUACUACUUACCAUUAUUGCUACACACUGUACUCAUAGGGUUGUGAAAAGUAUCAAAAAUCAGAUGCUUAUUGAUACUAUACUAAUACUAGUAUCAAAACUAGAUAAGAGUUAGAUCCUGAAUAGCUUUAGAAUGAUUUUGAGAUGUAUCGAACAAGUAUAAGACCACAUGGAAUAGUAUACACCCAUGAACCACUGUGGAAUAUACCUGCACAACUGAGAGAGAUUAUGCAAAGACCACAUGGUAAUACACAAGACUAAAACUAUGAUUUAAUGUUGAAAAUCACAUUCUAUUGUCUAAAGAAAUCGGUAUGAAGUCUAUUCCUUAGUAUCAAAAUUGACUUUAUAUGCAUAAUCCUUUAUUUCCACUUGAUUUAUUUUAUGAAUCUAUACUUAAAAUUUAGGUUAAUGUAGAUUUUUUUUAGAUUUUAAGCAAGGAUAUGACUUUCACAACAUGGUAAAAUUCAAUCAGAGACCAAGUAACCAUCUUCCUGUCAGCCAUUUUUACUGAAACAUGUCCAAAACUUGAUGAACACCAUACUACUAUAUAUAUAUACACCACAUACUUUUAUUGUCAAGCCACUUUUCACAUUGUUAAAAUUCUAUCAAAUGGAUCUUCUGGAUGCAUAUUUGGUGAAGGAAUAGAUAUUUACACAGAGGGAUAACAUAGUUUGCCGAUGAUCGUCUUGUGGAGUCAAAGUGCUAUAAAGUAAAUAUAUUUGUGUGACGGGCAAAGUGACGUUUUGGAGAAAGACUGAAAUGACUGAAAAGAUGCCAGUGGAGUGAAUAAUAGCGUUUACUCUCCUGGUUUUGACAGCAAGCCAAUGUAAAAGAAAGCGGAAUCAAGAAUGUGUUAUUUUGAAAAGUUUUUUUAGUCAGAUUUAAUGGGUUUUGUGAGGUUGUAAAACGUGGUGGCUUUUGAGUAGAAUGUGCUUAAAGUAGGUGAUUUUGAGAAGUAUUACUGAAGAGGUUAUGGCAAUUCGGCAGCAAAUCAUUGGCUGCUUCAGAUCCGAUAUUAGUAAUUUCCAAAUUUUUAACCAGUUUUGCUUGCAAUUUAAUCUUGUUGUGAAUUUGCAACACAAUUAUUUGGAACUAUUUUAUCUUGUAUGCAAUAAUAGUGUCCUGUUGAUUUUAACUCGGAAUGGUAAAGUGCCUGUUUUAAAUUCAUUCCUAAUUUGGUUGGAGUUCUCAUUUCGGGUUGUGUCAAAAAACUUAUUGUAUAUUUUUCUACUUCUGAUUUGUCCCCAUGAUAUAAGAAGAUUGUAUUUAAGGGUAUUAUUGAAAGGGAUAGGAGAAUGGCAUUUGUUAAAGGUCCCAUAUUACACAAAAUUGACCCUUGAGCUUUUAGCCAUGUUGGAAUGUUGUUACCUUCUCAAAAACAGACCUGGAGUUGUGUUUUGCUCCAGUCACACAUGUUUGAGUAAACCUGUACUAUUAGUCUGUUUACAUCUCCAGAGAGAGAGAUCCAAAUGAUUCUCGUGAAGGUGUAUGGAGUUUAAAAACACCAUGGAGCACUUUCUGUAUUGCCACUUGAUGACAUCACAAGGUGGAAAAGCUGAACACAGCCUAAAUAUGCAGGAUUUAUGUAUUAUGCAUCUGUGAAUGAAAUAAAACACAACCCAACCAAGAAAUGGUGUAAUAUGGGCCCUUUAAGUUGUUUUAAUAGCAAAGGCAGUUCAUCAAAGUGUAAAGUAUGAGUUGAGUUAUAGCGUUUAUUUGACUGAUAUUUGUGACUGAGAGGCAUGAACUUAUUGUCAAAAUGGUGAAGCAAGUCAGUAUUGUGGGAUUUGGCUGGUUGAGGUAUUGACAAAAAUACUAACACAAUAUUUAUAAUCAUUGAGGCGUCCGUCAAGCCAAGGAUAAUAUAUAAGACGUGCUUAAAGGUAGUGAUUGCUGUAGUGUUUAGUUGUACUGAAAGAAUUGAUCAUUCUUGCCAAAUAUGUAAAUUUACAAAGAUUAUUGUCACUUAAAGGGGAUUUAAUUAUAAUUAUUAGGUUGCACCAUUUUUUUUAUUAUUUUAUUUAGAUUUUUUAAAAUUGUAUUUCUCCAAGUAUUUUUUUUUUUCAUAUUACUUUAUUGAAUCAUGAAAUUGUUGAAUAUUUGAUAUAACUGGUAGAAAGUGGCAGAUAUACCCAUAGCCAUAUGUGACGCAAUAUUAUAUCUUAUGUUUAACAGGGUGUAUAAUUUACUUGAUACUGAAUAUAACAUUUAUCUUGGGUAUUUAAUUUAAAAAAUGUUUGUACAAUUCUUUACACUAAAGCACAAAUCUUUAAUUAGGCCUAUGCAUGAAUCUAGUUAUUUUUCCAUAUAAUGUCAUCAGACUGUUUUAUUUUCAAUUUUAUUACCAUUAGCAACCAGUUUUGGUUAUGUCAAGUAUAUAAAGGUAUACAACACUAUAAAUGGCUUGUAAAGGCUACUAGUCUUUACUGUUAGCAUAGGUGGCUAAAAUGAUAGUCACUUGUAAAUGAUAGUCAGUUGUAAAUAUCAUUAAUUGAUUUGUACAAUUUUUUUUUUUUUUUUUUUUUUUACGGUGCAACCUUUGUUAUUUUAUACAUUUCAGUUUUAUUAUACAUUUUGUGACAUUUUUGUUUUUAUUGGAAAUUUCCAUAACAGCAAAUAGUUACUACUAUGACAUCUGCUUGAUUCCUCAGUUUAAAAACUGGUUUUAGGAUGGUAAAAUGAUGCACUAUGUAAUUUUUUUCUUGUGUGGGUUCACUACCAGCUUCUCUCCAUGGAGACAUUAAACUUGGCUCCCUCCAUGAAGACAAGAGGGUAACACAGACCAAAUUACUCUAUGGUUUUCAAGGUUUUGUUCAGCAAUGGCAACAUCUGUAAAUGAAUAAAUAUAAGACUCGUAAGUUUAACGCUGUACUAUUGUACGUUCCAGGUGAAGACAAGCAAACCUUUCACUAGAAAAGUUACACGGUGGGCCUUUAAAGACAGGACAAAUCUAAACAAGUUCGGCGGUAUAAUACUGUUAUUAGUCGAUCGCAUAAUCCACAUUGUCAUCUGAAGUGCUCUUAAGUUGUUCCCAUUGUAAUUGGAGUUGGCUGUAUCCCAUUUGUUUUGUAUUGAUCGCAUCUCCAAACCACGUGACAGGGAGUUGAGUCGACUUUGAUGAACUACCUCGCGCUUCUGAAAACGUUCUCCGCCUGCAGAAUUAGCUCUCGGAAAAAAUAAAAAAACAAGAUGUGUGAAUAACAGAUUCCAUUAUUUAUUUAUUUGAAAGUGUACUAUUUGUUUCAACAGACUUCUAGUUUUGUACGUUAUGUAUGCUUCAGUAAGAGAGAAUUGUUCUAUGUAUUUUUUGUUGGUUUUUACUUUUGACUUUUUAACUAAAUGUGCAAUACCUUCAGCAAACUGUGCUAGUUGUGUCAUGGGCCUAGCCUGUUAGGUGUAUCCUGAAGGUAAAAUGUUUGGUACUGUCAAUCCAUGUUUUCCUUUUUUAAAGAAUAAGAUCUGAUUUUAUUUCUAAGACUUGUUAAUAAUAAUCAAUAUGUAUUCAGUCUUACCAGUUAUAGCAAUCCACUGGCUCCACUCAAAUGGGUUGGCCAUUAGAUUGACUCGUUGGCGCCAAAAUGUAUCGGCCAGAGGGACACUUGGUUGUGACUGGCUAAAAAGCAGGCAGACUCCGCCCUCUUUAAGCGUUAGCAUGUUGAAGGGGCUGUACCUGAUUUUUUUUCCUGGACUAAUGGUGCAUUUUGUUUUGGCUUAGCAAGUAGCGUAAAAGCGGUUUCUAAGUGCUCUGUUAGCAUGCUAGCUGCUGUUAGCUUGAAAAUUGUGAAAAGCGCUUUAAACUUAUUAUGGUGAAUAAUUAGGAAUAACUUAGGACCGCUGCAAAGCAUUUCAAAUAAUCUAGCUAAGUUUUUAAGACUAAAAAUCAGGCAUAGCAGUUAGAAGAAGUUUGUAAUAUUGUAAAAGAUAUAAAUCAACAACUUACUGAUUUCCUAUUAAAUCUGUUAGAUCGUCCCUUUCUUUUUCAAAACAGCCAAUCACAGCCAAUCCACCAGACCUAUACAUAUACUCCAGCGCCGACCUAUGACUUGGUAAGCUAUAAUAAUGUUAAUAAAUAAGAAAAGAUGCGUAAAUACAUGAAAUCACUAUAUGUACGGUGCUGGUUUGUAAUGUUUGCUAGUGAAUCCAGCCAUGCAAGUUAGUUUUAAGAAUUCCUGGAUCGGUGUGUUGUCAAAAACUACGACCGACAAACAAGUGCACUACUAGAAUACAUGCACUGGGAUCUGAAGAUGCCACCUCUUGGAAAAAAAUAAGUACAUGUUAAACUGCAAAUAAAUGGAAUACACUUGU